UGUAUGUAUGUAUGUAUGUAUGUAUGUAUGAUAGUUUGAUGCUAGACAGGGGAAUUCGGCAGUGAAGCCGAUGCGUAUUCAAGCACGUGUUGCAUUUACAAUGGGUUGAUAUUUCUUCUCACUACAUCUUUGCCCCAGGACUCCUUUACUAAACCUCUGUUUCCCUCUGGUUUCAAUCCUUUUGCAAGAUUAAAUUAUACUUCCAUCAUCAACAAUGACCAUAACCGAAAACAGCGCCCCGCUUAGAGUCAUCAUCAUCGGUGGUGGACUCAGUGGUUUAACAUUAGGACAACUUCUUGCAGAUGUGCCGAGUAUCAAAGUCACGCUCUAUGAGCGUAGCAAAGGUCCGACCGACAGGCUCUCGGGAUAUCGUGUUAUGUUAUCUUCAUUUGUUCUCCGAAAUCUGAAGGGAAAACUGCAGCAUGACGUGUGGCAGGAAAUUGCGCCGAGUAUUGGUAUUCAACCUGGAGGGGGUCAGGAGAUGAACUUUGUGAAAAGCAAUGGCGAUCCGAUAUUCACGUGGCUACCAGAAGAAAUACAAGAUCAGUUUUCUGUAUCGCGCUGGCGCCUUCGGGAAGGACUCUUGCAUUGGAGCGAAUCUUUUGCGCGUUUCGGGAAGAAGUUCGACAGAUAUGAGAAAUUACCGAAUGGUGUAGUACGAGUACAUUUCACGGAUGGGUCGAGAGACGAAUGUGAUUUAUUAGUUGGCGCAGAUGGUAUCAAUUCCCAAGUCAGAAAGCAAAUGUUUCCGCUUUCUAGAAUACGGCCCACGGAUGUCACAGUCAUAUAUUUCAAAAUUCCCUUGACAUGGGAAACAUUCAAAUUAGCAGGCUCGCAUAGUGGAGUUAUGGCCUUUUGUCCUGGCAACCAGAAUAUCUUGGUGCAUUCUUGGCAGAAUCCCAUGAAGCCCUGGGCAACAGAUUAUACAGCGGAUGAGAUCGAACCUUCUGAGUCAUUUAUCAUGUAUGGUUAUGGCAGCCCAGCGAGUGCUUUUAUCAACAAGACAAAACCGCCAGAGGAGUUUACCCCCGUGGAACUCAAGACAGAAAUCAUUGCUCGUUCCAAAACUGAUCGAAAUGUACAUCCCAACUUUUUACAACUGGCUGAGAUGUGCUUGACGAACACGGCGUAUCUGCACAUGGUGAAGAAGUGUGAUUCGGUAAAGCCAUGGGACUCAACUAGUGUAACGUUAAUCGGGGAUGCAGUCUUUAACAUUAUGACAACUUUAGGGAAGGGCGCCAACUGUGCUCUUCUUGACGCUGUCUCUCUCGCCGAAACAAUUUCACCUCCAGUGUCUCCACCGUCAACAUCACAAGAUGAAAAUAUUCAGCUCACCUCGGAGAGUACUCAUAGAGCUAGGCGCAAGCUGGCCAGUACAAUGGAGCUUAGGCCAGCACUCAGAGCGUUUGCAGUGGAGAAUGUCAAACGUCGCCACAGGGAACGACAAAGAAGUGCAUUCCUCCAGAAUCUUGUAUACUUUGGCGACAACAAAUUCAAAGAAUACUGUAGAGAACGAGUACUGAAGAAUGCUUUGGGGUGGGUUGAAGGAACAAAAGGCAGGAAGAAGGAACUUUAUGGCGCGAGAGGUGAGACGAGAGAUGUCGGUGGAUUGUUAUCGCCCAAUGAGGUACCGUAUCAUAUAAGUGACGGAAAGCUUGAUCGCGCCGACGAGGAAUCAAUUAUGGAAAGGCAAAGCUUUCUAGAAAGAGGCUGGGGGCUUGUAAGAGCCGAUGAAUUGGAUUCGGAAUGUGUGAGCGUCGCCUCAACGUCAACGCGUGAGUCAAAGAGCACCAAGGCUUCUUCAUCGGCAGUGAUUUCGAGGGAGUGUUUGACGGGGAAUAACUCCUAGGCUUGGGAGGACUAAAGGAUUGUUUUUGGAUUAUAUGCUUGUAGUAUACCCAGUUGUGGCAAAUUGAUGAUAUGUAAGGAUUAGGAAGGAUUUUGGGAUAGACUUGGGUCGGAAAAGGUCGAGGGAAAUCUUGGUUUAGACAAUCUUGGACGGCCUUUUUGCAUUACAUUAUUUUCACUCAAUUAAUAUAUGUAUACUGCAUA